ACCGCGAGCCUCUCCCUCGGGUGGAGAACGCAGUGGUAAUUGCUUCUGUGUGGGAUUUGGAAUGUGGAAUAAAACGAAUCCCUGGGCACUGGGAAAUCCGCUCUCUGCAGAGUGAAGAGGACCGGUAAAAGGUGGUGGUUCUGCUGAUCAAAAAUAAAUGCCCGGUGAAGCCACAGAAACCGUCCCUGCUACAGAGCAGGAGUUGCCACAGCCCCAGGCUGAGACAGCUUUGCUUCCUGUGUCUUCAGCCUUGAGUGUCACUGCUGCUGUUUUAGGGCAGCCUAAACCUACCCCUACCCCUACCCCUACCCCUCCUUGUUCCCUGGCCUCCCAACAAUGCCCUCUGGCAACCCCUAACCAGCCUUCCUCAUUCCUUUCUCCCUCUACUAUUGCCUCAACCCUUCUUGAAGCUCCUUUUCCUGAGUCAUCCACUGGGACAGCCCUGCCUUUGGGAGCUGCCCCUCCCCCUGCUGGCACCCCAGCUUUCCUAAUAGGGCCUCCCAUCUCCCCAGCUGCCUUAGCUCUGGCCUCUCCCAUAAUAGCUCCAACUCUGAAAGGUGUUCAUUCCUCUUCAGCUCCCUUGGCUCUGGUGGCCUUGGCUCCCCACUCAGUUCAGAAGAGCUCUGGCUAUCCACCUAACCCUCUUAGUUCACCUCCUUCAGUUGCUGUGAUUGAGUCAGGGUCAGUGACAUCUCUGUCAGCUCCAGUUGCUUCCUCAGAACCAAAGCCCUCUCCUCUUCAAGCUCCCUCUCAAGUAGUCCCUAAUCCAAAAGGUACCCCCAGCCCUCCAGGUAUAGUCAGUGCUGUUCCUUCCCAUCUUGUAACUCCUUUGGCCUCUCUUCAGUCUGGACUAGCCUCAUGUCCUCAGACGCCACCUGCCACUCCCCUAGCCAUCCCUUCCCCUCAGGUCAAAGGCAUCCCUAUUUCCUCAGCUCUGACUUCUCCACAAAACCCUGCAAGCCUCAGCCUAAAGGGACCCCUUAGUCCACCUGCUGCUUUAUCUCUUUCAACUCAGUCUAUUCCUGUGGCUCCUCAUGCCCCCCCAGUUUUCCUCACUUCUCUUGGUUCUCCUGUUCAACCUUCAGGUUCUAAUAUUCUGUCAGAUCCCAUAGAGGAUACUGUUUCUGUAGAUCAUUCUUCCACGGGUACCUCUUACCCUUCUCAGAGAUCUCUAAUUCCUCCCCUUCUUUCCAAAAAUGAGGUGGUUCCUACUGCUGUGGCUGCUUUUCCGGUGGGGGCUCCAACUUCCCCUCUGGCUCUGUCUGCUGACAAAGGCCUCUCUACUAUCACUGACAUAGCCUCUUCCAAUGUAGCUACCUCUUCUCUGUUAUCUCCUACAGCCUCUCUGAUUCUCAAAGACUCUCCUAGUGCUGCUCAUCAACCUUUGGUGGCCCAGAUUCUUGGUUCUUCUCCAGAGGGGCCAGGCUUGAAAGAAGCUCCUGUUUCUUCUGUUGGAACCACCCCACUUGGGAUGGCUAACUCCUCUACAGUUUCUGCAGCACCUGUUACCUUUGAGGUAGCUACUUGUUUCUCUAUUCCAGUUUCAUCAGGUCCCAUGAGCAGUAAGGACUCAGUUUCCCAGACUGCCUUGGUUAUGGCGCCUGUGGCUCCCAAAGAGCUUCCUACUCCUCAGGUAACCACCACUCUGGGGAUACCAGUCUCUCAACCUCUGCCAGCCCCUGAGGACCCCAAAAGUCUCCCUGUUUCACCAGCCCUGGCCGCCCCUAAAAAUCUCCCUUCUCUCCAAAGUACAUCAUCUUCUCUGGAGAUAGCUCUUUCUCCUGAAGCCACCUUGGUAAAGAAAAGCUUCCUAGAGCCUCUCCCUCUAGUUAAGCCAGCCAGUACUACUACCUCGUCUCUGGGGGUCAACUCCCCAACCUCUAUAAUCAAGACAGAUUCUUAUGCAAGCCCAGAUCCAACGAGUCUGCUUCUCAAAAGUUCUCUCACUACCCCAGCUGUAACUACAUUUCCUUUGGAAAGCACUGCCGUUGAUGGGAUGGCUCCUACAACUGCCAAAGGUACCUCCACUCCUAUACCUGUAGCCAGUCCUUUUCUAGAAGGAGCUGUCUCUCUAAAUUCUAAAAGCCACCCUGCCAAGAAGAGUACUUCCACUCUUACUACUUUACCUUUGGUCCCUCCAACCUCUGAAAGUUGCCCUGUGGCUCCAGCUGUGACUUUAUCUCCCCAGAAUGUUUCUGCUUCUCCAGCUACUGUGGCACAGGUCCCUGAAAUUCCCAAGUCUGAGUCUUUUCCCUCUCUUCCUCCAGCUGGUACUCCUCAAGGUGCAAAGAAAGUUCAUGGUAUUUCUCAAACUUCAGCAUUGGCACCUGUGGCUUCCUCUCCUGAAGGGUACCCAACUGAGGACUCUGGUGCUUCUGUUACUGCAUCUUCCAAAGGAACUUACCUAACUGACUCCCCAUCUCCUUUAGGGACUAGUGUGUCUCCUCAAACCAAAAGAACUCCAACCAAGAAGGGUUCAGCUACUACUACCUUAAGUCUUGCUCCUGUUUCUAAAAGUGUACCUGCUGUCCCUGAUACUCCUGCUGGAAAUCUGUCAUUCACUAUUUCUCCAGUUGAAGCUUCCUCUCUUCCAGAGGCCAAUCUUUCUUUUCAUGUCCAUAAAGGAUCACUAGCCAAGAAGCAUUCCCCUACUCCCCCAUCCCCCAAAGAGGCUCCCAUUCCCCUACCUAUGUCUCCCCCUUCCCCCAAAGCGGGGCCAGCAACCCCAUCCCCUAAAGAAACCCUAACUCCUCCAGCUGUGACUCCUUCCUCCCCCAAAGGAGCCCCAGCAACUCCAUCUCCCAGAGAGUCCCCAGCUACCCCAUCUCCCAAAGAGGCCCCCACUCCCUCAGUUGUGGCUCCUCCUUCCCCCAAAGGGGGACCAGCAACCUCAUUACCUAAAGAGACCCCCACUCCUCCAGCUGUGACUCCUUCCUCCCCCAAAGGAGCCCUUACUUCCCCCAAAGGGGGCCCAGCAACCCCAUCUUCCAAAGAGCCCCUCACUCUGUCAGCUGCGGUUCCUUGCUCUCCCGAAGGGGGCCCAGCAACCCCAUCUCCCAAAGAGCCCCUCAGUCCGUCAGCUGCAACUCCUCCCUCUCCCAAAGGGGGCCCAGCAACCACAUCUCCCAAAAGAGCCCCAGCUACCCCACCUCCAAAGGGGGGCUCCACUCCCCCAGCUGUGGCUCCUCCUUCCCCCAAAGGAGACCCAGCAACUCCAUCUCCCAAAGAGGCUCCUGUUCCCUCAGCUCUGACUCCUUCCUCCCCCAAAGGGACUCCAGCCCCCGUAAGAGCUCCAGCUAUCUCACCUCCCAAAGGGGAUUCCACUCCCCCAGCUGUGGCUCCUCCCUCCCCCAAAGGAGGCCCAGCAACUCCAUCUCCCAAAAGAGCCUCAGCUUCCCCACCUCCCAAAGGGGAUUCCACUCCCCCAGCUGUGACUCUUCCCUCCCCCAAAGGAGGCCCAGCAACUCCAUCUCCCAAAAGAGCCUCAGCUACCCCACCUCCCAAAGGGGAUUCCACUCCCCCAGCUGUGGCUCCUCCCUCCCCCAAAGGAGGCCCAGCAACUCCAUCUCCCAAAAGAGCCUCAGCUUCCCCACCUCCCAAAAGAGAUUCCACUCCCCCAGCUAUGGCUCCUCACACCCCCAAAGAGGCCCCAGCAACUCCACUCAAAGGAGCCUCCACUCCCUCAGCUGCGGCUCCUCCCUCUCCAAAAAAGGCCCCAGCAGCUCCAUCACUCAAAGGAAUUCCCACUCCCUCAGCUGUGGCUCCUCCCUCCCCCAAAGGGGGCCCAGCAACUCCAUCCCUCAAAAGAGCCCCACCUACUUCACCUCUCAAAGGAGACCCUACUCCCCCAUCUGUGGCUCCUCCCUCCCCCAAAAGAGCCUCAGCAACUCUGGUCCCCAAAGAGUCUCCAGCAACCCCAGACCCCAAAGAAGUCCCCACUUCCCCAGCCAUGGCUCCUUCCUCCCCCAAAGGGGGCCCAGCAACUCCAUCUCCCAGAAGAGCCCCAGCUGCCCCACCUCUCAGAGGAGACCCUACUCCGCCAUCUGUGACUCCUUCCUCCCCAAAAAGAGCCUCAGCAACUCCAGCCCUCAAAGAGGUCCCUACUCCCUCAGCUGUAACUCCUUCCUCCCCGCAAAAGUCUCUAGCCCCCAAAGGGGGGCCAGCAACCUCAUCCUCCAAAGGGGCUCCCACUCCCCCAGCUGUGAUUCCUCCCUCCCCCAAAGAGGCCUGUACUUCCCCAGUUUCAGUCACAUGUCCCUUGGGGUCCAUUGCACCUCAGGCAUCUAAAGAGCCCCCAAUAAAGAAAGGCCCCACAGCUCUCAAAGCAGUGCUUGAUGCUCCAGCUCUAGAAAGUGCACCAGUCGUCACAGCUCCCACUCAGAAGAAGAGUUCUAUUUCACCUCCUGUGUGCCCAGAUCCCUCAGCUCAGAAUGGUACUAAAGGAUCCCUUCCUACAGUGGCUCCAGCUCCUCUGCUGACAGUCUGCACUCAGAAAGGUUCUUCUCCAAAGGCUCCAAAAGCCCUCCCUGUUUCUCUCUUAAAGGGCAAAGACUCUUUCCAUUCCCCAAAGGGCCCCUUGGCUCCUCCUGAGUCUGAGACGUCUACCCCUUCAGCAGCAGCUGCCCCAGAGAAGGUCCUUCCUAAAGCUGGAUCUGCAUCUGUCUCUCCAGCACCUACCCCAUCAGUCUCUCUGCCUCUUGCUCCCUCCCCAGUUCCCCCUCUGCUCCCUAAACAGCAAUCUCUGCCGUCCUCACCUGGGCUGGUGCUGGAAUCACCCCGUAAGCCCUCAGCCCCUGCUGAUGAGGAUGAGCUGCCGCCUCUGAUUCCCCCGGAACCAAUCUCGGGGGGAGUGCCUUUCCAGCCGGUCCUCGUCAACAUGCCCACCCCCAAACCUGCUGGGAUCCCUGCCCCAACCCCCUCUGCCAAGCAGCCUGUUCUGAAGAAUAAUAAGGGGUCUGGAACAGAAUCUGAUAGUGAUGAAUCAGUACCAGAGCUUGAGGAACAGGAUUCUACACAGGCAACCACACAACAAGCCCAGCUGGCAGCGGCAGCUGAAAUCGAUGAAGAACCAGUCAGUAAAGCAAAACAGAGCCGGAGUGAAAAGAAGGCACGGAAGGCUAUGUCCAAACUGGGUCUUCGACAGGUUACAGGGGUUACUAGAGUCACUAUCCGGAAAUCUAAGAAUAUCCUUUUUGUCAUCACAAAACCAGAUGUAUACAAGAGCCCAGCUUCAGAUACCUACAUAGUUUUUGGGGAAGCCAAGAUUGAGGAUUUAUCUCAGCAAGCACAGUUAGCAGCUGCUGAGAAAUUCAAAGUUCAAGGUGAAGCUGUUUCAAACAUUCAAGAAAACACACAGACUCCAACUGUACAAGAGGAGAGUGAAGAGGAAGAGGUUGAUGAAACAGGUGUGGAAGUUAAGGACAUAGAAUUGGUCAUGUCACAAGCAAAUGUGUCGAGAGCAAAGGCAGUCCGAGCCCUGAAAAACAACAGUAAUGAUAUUGUAAAUGCUAUUAUGGAGUUAACAAUGUAACCAUCUUGAAAAGAGGACCCUUUUUUGGUGUUUCAAAAGAGUAACUGCAGCUGGGUUUGAAAUUUGUACUGUUUCUAUCAUUAAUAAAGUUAUGGCUUCUUGUUGGAUGAA